ACACACUAACAAAAACCUUAAUCUUGUCAUCACGAGAAGAUUAGCGUUGGAAGAAACAUUUCACGUCGAACACAUUAUCCGAACCAGCGAUCAACCAGACAUACGUCGUGACCCAAAUCGGCACGACGGCGAAAGCCAUCACCCGUGGCCCAGUGUCAGCCGCAGGGGUAAUUCGUAGCUCGCGCUCUUUUGUCGAAACGUGAACCUGUUGUCCCUCGUGGCAGCUACCCACGCCUCGUUCGGUGCUCUCGCGUCACGUGGACCGUUGGCUCGUGGGCCCACCUGUCAAAAUACUCUACGGGUGGAAAGCCCAGGACUCCUAGGCGGCUAGGCGCACCUGCUGGCCGCUCAGCCACCACAGCUUUCAAAAUCGCUAUUACCUCCCGAUUUAAUCCUCGUUUUCCUCCCAAAUCGCCAGUUUAACUACGCCCACAGGCAUCGGUGGCAACAGCUAACAAUAGGUUAAUUAAGUGCUAAUCAAAAUAGUAAGUCUAAUUAAUUACUAUACUUACAAUAGAAACUGCUCUUCCUACCCUCGCGUCCUUUGGCCUCGUCUCACUCCAUUCUCAUUUCCCAAAGACCGCAAAAAAAUUUUCCUUCCAUCGCUCGCCGCAUUUCCCUUUCCCCCUAUGCGGAUCCGCUCCCUUGCAUCCACCGCCAUUCCCCGCGUCUGAUCCGUCGUCGUUGUGGAGGAUGAGGGAAGGGGGAGCGGGCGAGGGGCAGGGCGCGGCCGUGGAUGAGGCGACGGGGUUCGAGGUCGGGAUCGUCGUGCCCAAGCUCUACCGCGGCGCUGCGGCCGGGUGCGGCGAGGUCGAGAACUGCGUGGCGCGGCUGGUGCGGGAGCUGGAGGACGUAGGGCUGAUCGUCGAGCGCGUCCGCGGCGUCCCCGCGGAGUUCAUCAAGCUGUCUGCGCCCAUGGGGACCCUGGGGAGAGUUGCAGCGGAGAUGAACAUGAAGAAGCUAACUUAUAUCGGAAUGGAACUGCAGUUUGAAUGGGACCAGGUUGGAGCAUUCGUCAGGCAGCCCGACGGGUCCCUGUUUAGCUGGCGAGAGCGGUUUGCCUGCUUCCGGCACUUGAUAUACAGCAUCGUGAACAAGACCGAUUCUGAUAUAACUCUCAGCUUUGACGAUAAAGAGUUCCACUGGACUCAAAAUGAGUCACUCUUAACCAGGCUGGAAGAUGAAGGAAUCGUAAAGCUAGUCUUCCCUUUGCAUGAUGAAAUUAAAAGGAAGCAACUCCUGAGAAGCUGGGCACUCAAGUGGUUUGAUUUCACAUGGCAACCUAUUGAUGAAAUUUACUCUUACUUUGGAACAAAGAUUGCAAUAUAUUUUUCUUUCCUCGGAAUGUAUACACGUUGGCUGUUCUUUCCAGCUGUUUUUGGACUUGCAACCCAGCUGAUAGAUUUUGGGUCAUUACAGUGGUUGGUUCUUCCAGCUUUCUUUUUCUUCGUUAUUUCUUGGGCUGUCUUCUUUUUGCAAUUUUGGAAACGGAAGAAUUCAGCUGUCCUUGCUAGAUGGGGUAUAAAUUAUUCAUUUUCGGAAUACAAAACUAUGGGCAAUGAACUGGACCCUUUAAGCUUUUCUAUGGCUGAUGACAAUGUUCAGCAGAGGAAAUUUGGUGCUCCCAAGGAGAAAAGUAUAGUACAAAGAAAUGAGUGGUUUGGUGUUCUCCUUAGAAUUAGGAAUAAUGCUAUCAUUGUUUUGGCUAUCAUUUGUCUUCAGCUGCCAUUUGAGUUGGCCUAUGCUCAUCUAUAUGCGAUUACAAAAACUGAGGCGCUAAGGUAUGUGUUAACUGCAGUGUAUCUUGCUGCAAUUCAGUAUUACACAAGGAUAGGUGGCAAGGUGUCUGUCACUCUAAUAAAGUAUGAAAACAACCAAGGGGAACAGUCUAGUGCUGAUAGUUUGGUUUAUAAGGUCUUUGGUCUUUACUUUAUGCAAUCAUAUAUUGGAUUGUUUUACCAUGCUUCACUGCACCGCAACAUUAUGGCACUCCGGCAAGUCCUAAUCAAGCGUCUCAUUGUGUCCCAGGUAUUGGAAAAUCUGAUUGAGAAUUCCAUUCCUUACCUCAAUUAUAGCUAUAAAAAGUAUAGAGCUGUUCACAAGAAAAAACAUGAGAAAGAAUCGCCAGCUGGGAAGUCAGUUCGGUUAUCUACAAGAGUAGAGAAAGAAUAUCUAAAACCCUCGUAUACUGCAAGCAUUGGAGAAGAACUUGAAGAUGGUUUAUUUGAUGAUUUUCUUGAGCUAACUCUUCAGUUUGGGAUGAUCAUGAUGUUUGCUUGUGCAUUUCCGUCGAUAUUCUGCUUUGCUGCUCUGAAUAAUGUGACUGAAAUUAGAGCGGAUGCAUUGAAGUUGUUGGUCAUGUUGAAAAGACCUGCUCCCCGUGAUGCAGCUACGAUUGGAGCUUGGCUGAACAUAUUCCAGUUCUUGGUUGUUAUGGCAAUCUGUACAAACUGCUUGCUUCUUGUUUGUCUGUAUGAUGAGGAGGGUAAAUGGAAAAUUGAGCCAGGACUGGCAGCCAUCCUCAUAAUGGAGCAUGCUCUCUUCUUAAUCAAGUUUGGUUUCUCACACUUUGUUCCCGAGGAACCUGCAUGGGUGAAAGCAAAUCGUGGGCGAUAUGUAGCUCAGGCGCAGAAUGUCUGCUCCAAACAACUCCUGAGAAGCAUUGCAAAACUGGAUGCGAAAUUGGAGUGAGGUAUCCAGGUUUUAUAUAAGGCGGCAGUAGUUUUGUAGAUUAGGAUAGUGCACAAAUGUGUCUUGUGCGAGCACGUACAAAUUGUAGGUAGGUAACAUCGUGCAACCACUAACUGUUCCAAUUGGUAAAUGUAGAUGUCGCUAUAUAAUUUAUAAGGUCCUGCAAGACUGCAACAUCAAUGUAAGAAUGCAAGGGUGUUCCUUUCCUUCUAACUAUAUAUAUUUGUUGAGUUGAACUGGGGAUGUAUCCCCCCAUGUAUGUGCUGUGUAUUAUCUGAAAUUAGAAUAGAUUUCACUAACAAA